AGAAGGGUCCAACAACACCAAGUGGCAGGGUGACAAGUCGAUCAGUAGCUGAAAGGAACUCCUAACCGAACCCGUACUGCUGGAUGGAUCGGAACACGCACAAGGACGUUGUACAGGGAGUAGGAGGAGCAGAACGCGGUGUGACUCCUUCUUAGCCCAAGACCGUUCGGCUCAUUCGACUCCCAACUCCCAAGGGCGUUGACGAACCAUUGCUUCUUCCUGCAGCCAUCUUCAGGUAACAGCUUCCUUUUUCAUUUUCUACAAGAAAAUUAAGGUAGUAACAUGAACACCGCACCCGUCGCGCCAAAGCCUGUGUCGCUUCAUUUAUUAGAAGAACUUACAAAUAAUUUCUCUCCGGACCGGAAACUUGGUGGCGGCACGUAUGGAGAUGUUUACCUGGGAGAGCAUAAAAAUGGAGAAAAGAUUGCCGUGAAGGUGCUUAAAGAAGGUCUGGACCUUAACGAUGAGGAAUUUCAGAAGGAGUAUCACAACCUUGCAAAUCUUCAACACAAAAAUGUUGUCCGGUUAGUUGGAUAUUGCCACGAAACUAAGAAAGAAUUUCUACCGUACAAUGGAAGGGUGGUUUUUGUUGAUACGAUUAAAAGGAUGCUUUGCUUCGAUUAUAUGCACAAUGGAAGCCUUGAUAGUUUUAUUUAUGAUGAAUUUAAUGACCAUAAUUGGUGUACACGCUAUGCAAUAAUUAAGGGAAUAUGCGAGGGCUUGGAAUACCUUCAUGAGAAAUUAAAACCUCCUAUGUAUCAUUUAGAUUUAAAACCAGAAAAUAUAUUACUGGACGAAAACAUGUCACCAAAAAUCGCAGAUUUCGGCGUGUCAAGGCUGUUCUUAGAAGAAAAAACAAGAAAGACAAACACUGCUCUAGGAACACUUGGGUACAUACCACCAGAGUACAUAAAGGAAGCUUUGAUCUCAAUUAAGUUUGAUAUAUUCAGUUUGGGUGUCGUGAUCAUACAGAUAAUGAUGGGACGAGAGGGCUACUUUAGAAGUGAAGAAAUGUCUUCCCAACAGUUUGUUGACCUCGUACAUACGGACUGGAUGAAUAGGCUACAAGCGAUAUCAGUGGAUGUAUAUUCUGUACAAGUAAGGAGAUGCAUCGAAAUAGCUUUAAGUUGUGUGGAGGCUGAUCGACACAAAAGGCCAAGUAUUGGGUUAAUCGUCAGUACUCUUAAUAAGACGGAAUCUUGUCUCCAGAUCCUUGAUGCAUUAAGAAAUGACUCAGCCUCACCGAUUAACCAGGCAAGUAGUUCUGUGUCCAAGUUAGUGGAUGAGGUGCAGUCGAUGGCUGUUUCUGCAGCACCAUCCCAUUCGCAGCUGCAGCAAAUAAUGAGUGUACCUAAGGGACCUGGGGAGACAAGCACUGAGCCUUUCAAGGACAGGUUGUUAAAGGAUGAAUCCAAUGUAGCUUCAAAUGUCGGCAACCUUUCCAUGGCUAAUGCACAGAGUGGUCCUGUCACGCCACAGUCCCAGGGAACUGAAUAUAGUCUAAAUUUGUACAUGCACCAAACCAUCCAUGGACCUAACCAUAACCAAAUAAAUAUAGCAGAUCCAAAGCAGCCAAUGCUGUUUGGUUACACCAAUGUUCAUGACUAUCCCAUACAUGAUGGUCUUGGCCCCAGCGCGAAGAUUGUUGCACGUGCACAAGGCCUGCAUGCCGAGACUAGUAUGAACGAUGAUGACUGGUUCCAUUGGAGCAGCAUAGUGUUUAUCGAUGAAAGGUUCCGGGGGUCCAGUUUUAAGGCAAUAGGAAAUCAAAAUAAGAUCGAAGGCCAAUGGGCUAUUGUCGGAGGGACUGGAGUGUUUACUUUUGCACAGGGUACUAUCUCCAUCUACAGAAUACAAGACAAUGGGCCCUCGAACAUCAAGGAGAUUCGAAUCAAUGCAUUUUGCUACACACCACCACAGACCACUGCCAGUGAGACAAAGCCUUUCAAGGACAGGUUGUUAAAGGAUGAAUCCAAUGCAGCCUCAAAUGUCGGCAGCCUUUCCAUGGCUAAUGCACAGAGUGGUCCUGUCACCCCACAGUCCCAGGGAACUGAAUAUAGUCUAAAUUUGUACAUGCACCAAACCAUCCAUGGACCUAACCAUAACCAAAUAAAUAUAGCAGAUCCAAAGCAGCCAAUGCUGUUUGGUUACACCAAUGUUCAUGACUAUCCCAUACAUGAUGGUCUUGGCCCCAGCGCGAAGAUUGUUGCACGUGCACAAGGCCUGCAUGCCGAGACUAGUAUGAACGAUGAUGACUGGUUCCAUUGGAGCAGCAUAGUGUUUAUCGAUGAAAGGUUCCGGGGGUCCAGUUUUAAGGCAAUAGGAAAUCAAAAUAAGAUCAAAGGCCAAUGGGCUAUUGUCGGAGGGACUGGAGUGUUUACUUUUGCACAGGGUACUAUCUCCAUUUACAGAAUGCAAGACAAUGGGCCCUCAAACACCAAGGAGAUUCGAAUUAGAGCAUUUUGCCGAACACCACAGACCACUCCAACAAAGAUAAAGCCUUUCAAGGACAGGUUGUUAAAGGAUGAAUCCAAUGCAACCUCAAAUGUCGGCAGCCUUUCCAUGACUAAUGCACAGAGUGGUCCUGUCACCCCACAGUCCCUGGGAACUGAAUAUAGUCUAAAUUUGUACAUGCACCAAACCAUCCAUGGACCUAACCAUAACCAAAUAAAUAUAGCAGAUCCAAAGCAGCCAAUGCUGUUUGGUUACACCAAUGUUCAUGACUAUCCCAUACAUGAUGGUCUUGGCCCCAGCGCGAAGAUUGUUGCACGUGCACAAGGCCUGCAUGCCGAGACUAGUAUGAACGGUGAUGACUGGUUCCAUUGGAGCAGCAUAGUGUUUAUCGAUGAAAGGUUUGGCACGUUCCGAGGGUCCAGUUUUAAGGCAAUAGGAAAUCAAAAUAAGAUCGAAGGCGAAUGGGCUAUUGUCGGUGGGACUGGAGUGUUUACUUUUGCACAGGGUACUAUCUCCAUCUACAGAAUACAAGACAAUGAGCCCUCGAACAUCAAGGAGAUUCGAAUCAAUGCAUUUUGCUACACAACACCACAGGCCACUGCAACCGAGACAAAGACUGCAGUCGCAGUCUUCGUGCAGGGAUUCAGCCGAUGGUCGAAGGCCGAGUGAAGCCUUCGGCGUGAAGGCGAAGGCCCUCACGAAGUGUUGGAUGUUAAAGCAGCCGCGAAGAGCCGAAGUAGCCAUCAGCAGCGAAGCCUCUAUUGGGCCUUCGCAUGAAGACCGAAGGCCAUAACGCUUCAUGACGCUGAAGACAACCAAAGGCAUGCGACCCUUCGGAACUUGGCGAAGGGAAUGACCUUCGCUGGAACUAAGAACGAAGAAGGGUGCGGUUGUAAAUACGAUAAUGUAAUCAUAAUUGUACCAAAAUACCUUCAAAUAUUCUAGAAAUGUAGCAGUUGGAGGGAUAGAAUUGUAAAUUG